AUGAAGUUCAGCGGUGCUGCUACCGUGGGUUUCGUGAGCUGUGCUCUCGCUAUGCCCACUCGUGUCAACGAGCGCGGUCUCUUCCCCUUCCCUGGCCUUGGUGACUCCAAGCCCUCCGACCUCCCCAAGCCUUCUGGUACUCCUGACCUGAGUGACCUCCCCAAGUCUUCCGGUUUCCCCGUCUUGGGCGACCUUUCUAAGCCCUCCGAUUUCCCCGAUCUCGGUGAACUUGCCAAGCAGUUCGGCGGCGACAAGGAGAAGCGUGGCUUGUUCCCCUUGCCCACCGGUCUUCCUAGCUUGGGUGACCUUCCUAAGCCCUCUGGCUCUGGUAUCUCCUUGCCCUCCGGUCUCCCUGACCUGAGCGACCUCUUUGGUGGAGGUUCCGACUCCGAGAAGCGCGACCUCCCGUUCCCCAUCCCGUCGGACCUCCCCAAGCCUUCCGGCCUUCCCAGCUUGGGUGACCUUCCCAAGCCUUCCGGUCUCCCCGACCUGAGCGACCUCUUUGGCGGUGGUUCCGACUCCGAAAAGCGCGGCCUCUUCCCAUUCCCCAUCCCGUCGGACCUCCCCAAGCCCACCGGCCUUCCCAGCUUGGGUGACCUUCCCAAGCCCUCUGGCUCCGGCCUCCCCAGCCUGGGCGAUCUCCCCAAGCCCUCCGAGCUGCCCGACCUUGGCGACCUGGCCAAGCUGUUCGGCGGCGACAAGGAGAAGCGCGGCAUCUUCCCCUUCCCCAUUGGCGAGUUCCCCAAGCCCUCAGAUCUCCCCAAGCCUUCCGAGACCUCCAAGCCUUCUGGUGCUCCCAAGCUUGGUGGCUUCCCUGGUUUCGGUGACCUCCCCCAGCCCACCGAUUUGCCUUCGCUCCCUAAGCCUUCUGACGCUCCUACCCCGACCGGUGCCGUCCCGACUCCUACUGCCCCCGUCAUUCCCUUCUUUGGUUAA